GAUUACGCCUGGCUCUUGUUUUCCUCUUGUUAUUUACGUGAAACAGUGAGGUAACUUCCGAGCAUGAUAGCAAGAGUCAGGAAUCGAAACUUGUAAACCCGGUUCCUGGGUGUUCGCCUUUCAAUGCAACCGAAACUAUCGCCGAAGGAGUCAACUAAUUCACACUGCAGAUCCAUCUGUAGAAAAUGUAUUGUUUUGUCUUUAAAGAGAUUGGUUCAACCUCCGGUUGCUCAUGAAGUUUCAGGAAUCGACCGCGGACUUGCACAUACCUCGUUUAGAACUCAGGGACAGAAGUUUGACUAUUCAGCAGACUGUUGGGAAAUAAGCAGCACGUAGCCUUCCCAAGGGAGAAUGAAAGGAGGGGAAGAUCUAUUCAAAGUGCUUGAUUUGCAGCUACUUUGUUCUCAAUGUUUCGAGAAAACAAAUGAAAGUACCAUUGUCCUUAAAAAUGUGAACCACAAAUGCCAACAUCUCCAGCUUGUUGCUAGGAAACAACAGGACAGAAAUGGCAGCUGGAGACUUAUUCGCAGACGACCAGCUUUCAUUAAUCCUGUGCGCUAUCAAGUGUGUUCCUUCUACAGAGAAGGCUCAGGUUGCAGGAGGAUGCAGAAUCGCUGCACCUUUGCCUGGAGUGAAGAAGAAGCCUGUGUGUGGAACUAUGAAAGAAACAACCAAAUUGAACGAAACAAACUGAAGAAGUUGGUGGCAGAAAGAACAAACAAUGGGAUUCCAUGUUCAGGCACAGCUAAUAAACAACAAACUGUUGAGGAAGAAAUUGUUAAUGAAUUUGAAGGACAGUUUGUUGAAUUGUGUGCAAUAUGCUUUUACAGUGUCCCUCAGCAGAUCGUCUAUCAAAAUAUUCAUGGAUUUUGUACAUUCACCUCUCAGCAUGGAUGGAGUCCGUUAUUGGUGCAUAUCCUUGAUGAUAAUAAUGGCAUGAAACAAUGCUAUGAAAUUAGACCAGUCACAUCUCCAAAUAACCUACAAUGCUGCAAAAAUGUUCUGCAGGGGCUAUUAUGUUAUGGUUUUAACAAUUGCAAUUUUGCUCAUAGUGAAGUUGAACUGAUGGUAUGGAAAUCAGAGGUAGAACGAGGUUUGAAGCGUUCAACUUUGCUUCAAUUAUCUCAGCAACAAAACUGGAAUGGACAACCAGGAGCUGAAAGGGUGGCAGAAAGCAAUGUUCACUUUUAUUGUCGAGUCUGUCUGGUCACCUUUUCUUCUCAGGAUGGGUUUGAGAAUCAUUGUACAUCCAUAGAACAUGCUCAGAUGGUCUUGAAAGACACCACAGUUGUGUGGAACUACCGAAAACCACCUCUUAAAGCCAAGAAAUAUCAGUUAUGUUCAAGGAUAGACAUCUGUGAAUUUGGUGAGAAUUGUAUCCACGCUCACUCUCAUGAAGAACUUGAAGAGUGGCUGAUGCGGUCAGAGGUUGCUCAGAAACGGAAGCGAUCAGCAAAACACCAGGGGCUGUUACCAUAUCAGGACAGAAUAAUGGAGGAAUACAGGAACUGUAGGAAUGAAAUACUGAUUAUGUCAGAAAAAGUUGAUGAUGUUGCUAUUUCAUGUGAUUGUGCCUUAAAAAUAACCCAUUAUCAGAGAAGAUCUAAACUGAAGUGGAACUUCCACAUAGAAUCACAGAAACCAUUGUUGUUUGUUGCACUGCUGAAGAGAGCCCCGGGUGCAGUGUUCUCAUUAGAAGGAAAAGACUUACCAAAGAAAUGUUCUAUUGCUGAAGGCAUCAAAUUCCGGUCAUCAGAAACUUCCUAUCAUAUUGGGGUCUCAUUUGAAGCUGUGAACUUAGGAAUUUAUGACCAGUGGGUUAUUUUUGAUUUUGGAAGCCGACCUGUCCUUGUCAGGAAGAUUUACAUCAGUGAAAUGAAUGCUUUCCGACCACCUGAAAACCCAAACAAUGACGUCCAAUUUGUCGAUCUGGAGAGGUGGCACAGUGGCAAUCGGAGAAUUGUGCCUUGCAUGGAGAGAACUGAGAAUGAACUUCUGGUGCUGCAGGAAUACAAGCCACCUGCUUUAUCAUUGGAAUAUAAAGUCAAAGAUAUGGCAAACAUUCCGAUAACACGUGUGAAUUACAGAGAAAGAAUGCAUAAUUUUUUGUAUCAAGAGGAACAAGCUGAAGAAGAUGUAGUUUCAAGGCUCAGUCUAACAGCAACCGUUUUUAUCACUGACAUGUUGGAAGAUGUAUUUGAAGGAUUAAUGAUUGCACACGACGGAGAAUUAUUUGCCAUUUUCCCACCCCCUACUGCUUUGACUGAUUCAAAUGAAGGCUUCCUGUUCAAGAGGGCAGUUAAUACUGUGCUGUUAGCACCAAGUCCAUCUUCACACAACGUUGUUUAUGAGGCUGCCAUCAUUUGUGAAGCUACCGCUGAAAAUCGCAUUGCUCUGAAGCUGUCACCGCGUUGCCACACUGAGCUCGCUUUCCACAAAGGAAGCCACCACAAUGUAGAGAUUCAGUUCCAAUUAGACCGGCUUCCUUUCUGCUUCAGGCACCAAGCUGUGGAUAAACUUCCAAAUGAGCAGAUUAUUUUUCCAGAUAUUGUCAACUGUUCCAUUCCUCAGUUUACUGAUCCUAUUCUGACCGGAAACCAGAAGCAACGAGCUGCUGUUGCCUUCAUAGCUGGAAAAACAUCUGGGGGAAAAUCAGCGCCUCCUCUUCUAAUUUAUGGGCCAUUUGGAACUGGAAAGACUUUUACCUUGGCAACAGCUGCUUUGGAAAUAGUGAAGAAACCAAACACUAGAUUACUGUUAUGCACUGACACUAACAGUGCUGCAGAUCUGUAUGUCAAGGAUUAUUUUCAUUUCCAAGUGGAUGCAGGAAAUCUUCAAGGAAGACCACUUCGAAUGAAAUACGUGAAGCAAAACCCCAUUCAUACUGAUCCCAUCACAAAACAAUAUUGUUUAAUUUUGAAUAAUUCAUUUGUUUUGCCUGACAGAAGUACUUUGGAAUCAUACCGUAUAGUCAUCACCACUUGCAUGGAGGCAAAAUUGUUUUCUGAACUCAAAUUGCCCGUUGGCUUUUUUACACACAUCCUGAUUGAUGAAGCAGCUCAGAUGUUGGAAUGUGAUGCACUGAUUCCACUGGCCCUAGCUAGCAAUGAAACACGAAUCGUUCUUGCAGGAGAUCACAUGCAAAUGACACCCAAACUUUUCUCCAUCAAAAGUAGUGAGAUGGCAGACUACACCUUGCUCAAUCGUCUGUUCCAGUUUUAUCAGAAGGAAAAACAUGACAAAGCAGCCAAAAGCCGCAUAAUCUUCAGGGAAAACUAUAGAUCGGUAAAGGAGAUCAUUCACUUUGUGUCAACGCACUUUUAUCCGCUAAAGGCUGAUACCAUUCAAGCAAGUGGAAACAUUCUACCUCAUCCUCAGUUCUACCCUUUGAUAUUUUGCCAUGUUCCUGGGAUCAGCAGUUUCAACUCUUCCAAAUUAUCCUGGUAUAAUGAGACUGAAAUUCUCCAAGUUGUUGAAAAUGUAGAGUCAGUUCUGAAGAACUGGCCUGUGGAGUGGGGACAAUUGGAUCAAAGCUCAGUGUGCGUUGUAUCUUCUGAAGGAUUUCAGGUUCAGUGCAUGAGGCACAAACUCAGGCAAUGUGGAUACUCAUUAGUAACUGUAGAGAAUGUUUUCAAUAUUCAAGGAAAACAGUUCAGAGUGAUGAUCAUCUCUACAGUGCACACUUGUGAAAGCAGCAUUUCUUCAAAGAGUGCGAGUUUGGAGUUUUUCAAUCAGUCUCGGGUUUUGAACACUGCAAUGACACGAGCCCAAUCUCUUGUGAUUGUUGUUGGUGAUGCAAUGGCUCUUUGCUCAGUUGGAAAAUGCAGCAAAAUUUGGAAAAAGUACAUUCAGGAGUCUAUUGAUAAUCGAAGCAUUUACCCAGAGGAUCUCACAAUGGGGCAGAUUAAACAGGCUGUUAUCGACACUGAGAAAUGGGCUUGUAAGGAGGAAGAUGAAAGUGACAAUGAUUCUUGUUAUUCGGAAAAGGAUGUUGAUCCAAUACUACAAGAACUUUUAGAUGAGAGCAAGAAUGUUACAUUAACAGUGACAGAAGAAGGACUGAUGGAUAUAGUUGUAGCAGACGAAAUAGAACCAGAGGAGAAUAUCAAUAAUCAAAUUCCAACAGUAUCCACUCAGUCCUUACAGAAGAAGAAAAACGUACAGUACACAGAUUAUCCAUUACAUUUGUUGCAGAGGCUGCUAUCAACUCAGCCUUCAAAAUAUAAGCGAUGUGAGAUAAUCAUGGAAAAAUUUUACAAAGGCUAUGCUGUCACCCUCGACGAUCCUCAGUCUGUACACAUUAAAAUAAAAGGUCGCGUUAACUGUGGACAGUCAUUCCCUGGUGAUCAAGUUUUAGUUGAAAUUCUGGACCAGGACUCAGGCCAAGUUGAUAAUACUAAUCUAAGUGGAAAAGUGGUUGGAGUACUGAAGGCAGGCGAUCUGCCAAGAAUCUUCAUCUGCACAGUUGAUGAAUAUGAUCUGCAUGUAAUGGUCCCUGUCAAUAAAUGUGUUACAAAAAUCUACACACCACCAGUGGAUAAAAAGUCUCGUAACAGAAUCCCUAUUCGCAAACGCAAAAAAGACAAAAUUGUGACAACGCAAACUAUACGUCUUACUGAAGAAAUAAGGAGGAAUUAUUUCUUUGUAGUUGAACUACUAUGCUGGCGUAGCUGUUUUUACUUUCCACUGGGAAUUGUAACUAAAAUGCUUCCUGCAGCAGUAACAAUGGAUCAAGGAAUGGAAAUACUGAACUUGGAAUAUCAAGUUCAUGACAGCUAUCCAAAAGAAGUUUUCAAAGAGGUAGCAGAAUGCAGCCAGAUUAGAAAUAUUUUGGACGGGAAUCGAAAGGACUGUCAGAAGUAUUUAACAUUCACUGUGGAUCAUGAGAGUUCCAAGGAUCUUGAUGAUGCUAUCAGUGUGAGAGACUUAGGUGAAAAUUAUGAAAUAGGGAUUCACAUCGCAGAUGUAGCAAGCUUUGUGCCAAAGGGUAGUUUCUUAGAUGGUGAAGCAUUGAAGCGUGGAGUUACUCAUUAUCCACCUGGCAGAGAUCCAAUUCAUAUGCUUCCACCAAAGCUCAGUCAAGAAGUCUGCAGCCUACUACCUGGAAAACCACGCAAGGUCAUCUCUCUGUUUGUUGUUGUACAAAAGGGUACAGACAAAGUUGUUAAAGCAAACUUUUCACUUUCUGUUAUUCAAUCAGAUAGAAAACUUUCCUACGAUGAAGCAGAGUGUAUCCUCAACUGUUUCAGUAGAAGUGAGUUGAGAUUUGACACUUUGGAAGAUUCAGUUGCAACAGCCUUUCACUUCUCCAGAAUUCAUAGAAAAUGUCGACUUCAAGAUGAUUGCUAUUAUGAUCAGGCAGAUGAAGACAGGCACCCAGGAAAUAGAAAAUCCCAGCAGAUGAUUGAAGAACUAAUGAUAAUGAUGAAUAGCUUUGUUGCUGAAUUCUUGACCAAUAAGAUGAAAACAAUGUGUGUGACACCUUUGAGAUGCCAGGGAUUUCCUGCACCUCAGGAGAUGGCCAAGCUUGAAAAUAAGCACAAAAACUUAAUUUCCCUUUCUGUUCAUCUCUCCCACCAUUUUGGCAUCGCACCAAAUUUUCAAUCUCCACCUUGUGAGAAAUUUCAGAUCUUGUCCUCUUUGUGGAACAGCCUGAUAAAAGCAGCUGAGGAUAAUGACAUUCACAAGUUGACAGAUUUCAUUGCAACAGAUGAUAUCCACCCAAAUCUUGCACCAGUAACGAUGGAAUUGAGAAAACUUAUGCUCAGAUCCUUCUUCGCUCGUUCCAGCUCAACAUCUAUGUCAAAGCAAGGACAUUACUCUCUGCACCUUGAAGCCUAUACUUGGGCCACUUCACCCAUUCGCCGAUAUCUGGACAUUAUUAUCCAACGUCUCCUUGCCAUGACCCUCUGCAGGGAAGAAAAUCUUCCAUACAGCAAAAAGGAAAUUGACAAAUUAUGUACUGAUUUCAACAAAAAGAAUAGGAAGGCUUCAAAUUAUGAAAAAAAGGCUCAAUGCCUCUACUUUGCAACACAACUUAGAAGUCAAGUGGUGCAAAAGCUGGUAUUCGCUGUUGAUGUUGAACCGUUAACCAGAUACUUCAAGGUUAUAUUCCCUUUGAAAAAUGAUGCUCUAUCAGAGCUCCACGAUAUAAAUUACAGAACUCUGCAGCUGGUGGAUCAACCUGCCUAUAAUGAGAGAACAAAAUCAAUGAAGUUAACAUGGAGGAAAAGAAUCUACUGCUUAGAAACAACAAGAAAUUCUAUUCUUCCACCUACACCAUUUGACAACCCACAUGUCCGUACUAUUAAUGCUAACACUUGGCAGCAAUUUGUGCAAGCAGUCAGGUCGGAAAAAUUUUCUGAAGUGGCUGCUCUUCUUCUGGAGAACAGUCAAGGUGUCUUAUCGAAUGGCAAGCAAGGGCAUUUUGGAAAGAUAGAUGUAAGCAAGUGCCAACUUUCUUCAGUUUCACAUUAUGUGCACAUUUCUCUGGAGGUGAAAAAUGGUGAUGCAUUGCAAUUGCAGCUGAGCACGGAUAUAAAGAAUGGUUUUUUGGUGCCAGCUGUGCAGUUGUUGAGUAUAACUCCGGUCUUUGAGAUUUGUAUUGAACAUGCAGAAAAUCCUGUGAUAUGUUUCUCAGAAUAUGCCACCAGGUCACCUCAAAAGAUCUAUAGUAAUGCAAAGGAAUACCAAGAAAUCUGGGGACCAUUGUGUGCAAUGGAAUCUGCAUCAAGUGCUGUAUGCGAGAAUGAAGUUAUAGUCAUUUAUGAUGUUAAAAUAAGUUGGAUGAGGGAGGAUACCAAUGGCAGGAAGCUGCAGGGCUCAUUCUGUAUUCCUAAAGAAUUUUGUGAAAACUGGCACAUUGAAAGUGCCCUGACUAAUUGCUAUCUGUGUAUCCGGUGUCGAGGCCUGAAAAUCAAACCAGAAAGGAACCUGACCAGAAAUGAUGAGCCUCUUCAUCAAAGUUUUAAGGCCCUUCAUGUAUCAGAAAACUCCUCAGAGUUGAACAUUGACCCUGACAGUUACAUUUGGGUAGCACAUGCCGUGACUGAAGAGUUUAAAAAUGAUGGUCCUAAACUUGAGAGAGAGCCCCACAUCAAGACAAUCUUUUCUGUGCAUAAAACCACUAUGGAUAUGAUCCCAAAUGAAAUAUUCCAGGAGGAUACAAUGUUUGUUGUGGAAAUAAUUCCCAAACUACUUCCUGAUCUACGCAAAGAACGUGCUAUUCAGAAUCUUCCAUAUUCUUCACGGCUUGCACAGAACAUAGCAUUGGGUCAACCCAUACCUCUCAGAAAUAACCCUGAAUCACCAUUAAAUGUAUUGAACCGGACCAACUACUGCAUUCCUGAAUACAAAGAACUCAAUAGAAGCCAAGUACAAGCAGUUCAAAAAGCUCUUGGAAGCUCUUUUGCUCUCAUUCAAGGACCACCAGGAACAGGAAAAACGGUGGUUGGAGUUCACAUCGUAUUUUGGUUUCAUAAAAUGAAUUAUGAUUAUAACAACCAAAUCUAUCCAUUGGGCGAGGAAAACAAAGAUAAAAGAUGUAUACUUUACUGUGGACCUUCAAACAAGUCUGUCAACGUUGUUGCUGAAUACCUGUUGAAGCUGCAGAAGUAUCUGAAACCACUCCGUGUUUACAGUGAGCAGAUGGAAAUGGUGGAUUUUCCAUAUCCUGGGAGCCAACUGAUGAUCUCAAAGAAGUCAGUUAGGGAAGGAAAACCAAAACCUGACCUUAGGCCAAUAACACUACAUUACAAAAUACGACAACAAUCUAAUCCUUUUGCGCCGAGAAUAAAGGCAUAUGAUGAAAAAAUUCAAAGUGGAACAAUAGUGACAGAAGAAGAAAUAGUGCAGUACAAGAAAUUGCUCAAUGAUGCACGCAAGUAUGAACUAAAACGUCAUGAUGUUAUCCUUUGCACGUGUGCCACUUCUUCCAGCAAAGCUCUGCAACAAUUGAGUGUGCGGCAAGUAUUGGUGGAUGAGAGUGCCAUGUGCACUGAACCAGAACUGUUAAUCCCUAUUGUUGCGCAUAAACAAGCAAAACAGAUUGUUCUUCUGGGUGACCAUAUGCAACUCCGGCCUAUAAUAACCAAUGAGUUCUGCCGGCGUCUUGGCAUGGAGACAUCACUAUUUGAGCGCUAUGUUCAACAGACGGUAAUGCUUAAUGUGCAGUAUCGGAUGCACGAGGAAAUUUGCCAGUUUCCCUCUCAGAAGUUUUAUAAAGGGAAGCUGGAAACCGAUCCUACGCUUGCACAUCGUUCCCCAAGUGUCUUCUGUCAUCGUGGAAAGAUGCACUGCCCGAUAAUCUUUGGGCAUAUCCUGGGAGAUGAAAUUAGUUUGAUGGUUUCGACUGAGGAGGGAAAUGAGAAUUCCAGAGCAAACAAAUUGGAGGCUGAAAAGGCUGUGUUCAUUGUGAAGCAGUUAACUUUCGCCAAAAUCAUACCAAGUGAGAUUGCAGUUUUGACACCCUACAAUGCCCAGGUGUUGGAGAUAAACAAGCUGCUCAACGCAAAAGGAAUUACAGGAGUAAAUGUGUGUACCAUCAUAAAAAGUCAAGGAAGUGAAUGGCGUUACGUCAUUCUUUCUGCAGUUCGAUCACUUCCACAAAAAGAAAUUGACAAACAACCUUCAAAAGCUUGGCUGAAGAAACAUUUAGGUUUCAUCACUGAUCCAAACCAAGUGAAUGUUGCACUUACAAGAGCAAAAGAAGGCCUUUGUAUUUUGGGAAAUGAAUAUUUACUGCGCUGUAGCAAUCCCUGGAAGGAUCUGCUGGUGCAUUACAGAACGAGGAAUGCUUUGGUGAAUGCUGAUGAUAUUACUGUAAGAAAAUAGUUGGGAUAUAGCUGCCCAACAUGAAGGAGGGAACUCAGGAUUUUCCAGAUCUGCUGUUUUGUUUUAAAAUGCUUGAAAAACAUUCAAAUUGGCUUUGGAUUCCAAAGUCUAGACUUCUAAUUAGCAUUGCUUUCACUUCAUCGAAUUCCCAUACCACUAUUGAAAACGAUUCUUUGUUGAAACAAUUCGCUAAUUAUUUAGUGCAUGAUUCUCUUUAUGCAAAUAUUAUGGAGUCAAAAAAAGAUUUAAUCAAUUUUAACAUUUGAUAAUAUAUUGCACUCGUUCUCUUAAAUUGUGUAUUAUAUAUUUUCCAAAUUCAAAAUCUAAGAAUUUUAUAAUUUAGGUGCUAGUUUAUAAUUAAAACAGGGAAUAUGGUAUAGAAUUGUAAUAAAACAUCUAUUGUGGAUCUGAGCAUUUUCUUCUUAGACUUUACUAUGAUAACUAAUGUUUGAACUAAUUAGCUACCUUGCUAGCUUUAUGAAGUCUUUGGGAUUGUCUACAUUUGCCACUAGAUAUUUGGAAAGAAAGUAUAUUUUAAUUAUCUAUUUUGAAAGUGGAAACCAUGUCUCAUUUUAAGCUCCGUAAAUGGUAUUAUAUUGCUCCCAACUUCAGGAGCCUUUAUGUCAUAAAAUAAAAAACUGCAAAUGCUGGAGAUAUGAAACAAAAAUAGAACGUGCUGCAAGAAUUCAGCAGGUCUGGCAGCAUCUGUGGAGAAAAAACAGAGUUAACAUUUUGAGUCCAGUGACCCGGGUCACUAGAUUUGAAAUGUUUACUCUGUUUUUCCUUCCAUGAGCUGUUAUCUGGUGUAACAACCUUUUGUGUGGCAGUUUGUCAAAUGCCUUUUGCAAAUCUAAAUAUACUGCAUGCAUUGGUUCCUAUUUAUCUGCAUUGAUACAUCCACAUUUAGUAAAUUUGUCAAACACAAUUUCUCUUUAUAUUGACUCUGCCUAAUCAUAUUAUAAUCCUGCCCAAGUACAAACAUAACUUAGAAAACUGGCUAUUUGAUCUGUAAGUAGAAUGUUUCCAUAUAAAAAGGAGUUUUAUAAUUAGUUGUGAUUUUAAGAUGUAUAUAUUAUUCUUAUGAAGGUCCCUCCUGCGUAUCGUGUCUGGAAGCAGGAACCAGCCUUUUUAAAGUGCAAUUUAUAUUUUUAAGAAAUUUGAAAGUUGUCUUCUACUUAAUGCAGUGACUUUUUCAAAAGAACUGAAAACUUAGAUAUUUGCUGCUAGAAAAGCUUAUGGUAUUGCAGUUUAAGUUGCCGAAAUUCUUUAUCCAAUUCCUUUAAAUUGCUUUCUUUCUCAUUGAAGGCUUUCCAUUCCUCGUAGGCCAUUCAUCCUCACUGCUGCAAAUUGUAGAGUACGUUGAUUUGGGAAAGCACACAUGUCAUUCUAAAAAUAGCCCAUAAACUACCUAUGGAGAGGCACAAUUGCCCCAUAACCAUAUAGUGAAGAUGCCCAACUGAGAAUUGACCAAACAAGAGACAAGCAUGAUACUCAAUGUUAGAAUUUUUUAAUUGGGAACAAUUAUCUCCAUUACCGGUGCUGCUGAGUAAUUAAAAUUUGAUAUACUUUCUGACGUGUAUUUUAUGGUAAUUGCCAAUAAGUAUAAUAAACCUAGAAAUAGUUUCCAAAACUAGUACACAAAAGUUUAAUGUAUUUAAAAGACUUUCCUCUAGCAUCUUUGUGAUGUUUUACUGACUUCUGUAAUUUUGAAUUCCUAUUACUGGAUCCAGGCUAGUGAAGGAGUAGAGUCUUAGCAUAAUUAAUGCUGCUCUGUAAAUCUUGUAUCACAAAGAUUGUCUAGCUGACUAGAUGACAGAGUAUUGGGCUGUUGUAGUGUAAAAGUGAAGGAAUAUAAAAAGGUCGUGAAACUCCCACCUGCCCUGGGGGCCAUUUCUUCAUCCAAGUCCUGAUUUUGAAACAGGUUAAACAUCUUUACUUAUUAGUACAUGUGCAUAUUCUGGGCUCAGUUUGGAUGCACUCAAAGCCCAUUCACAAACACAGAAUUAAAAUCCUCAGUAUCCAUGAAAUCACAAGCCAUGAAUUUGCUUAUUCAUACCAAAAAGAAAGUAACAACAAAAAUCAACAUCUGCGGGCAAUUUUUAACCUAUUUUCAACAAGCAAACUUCAUUAUUUGGGGGGAUUCUUAGGAACAGAACCCUCGUGGAUACGGAGGAAUGACGUAGGUCUAAUAUUCCUUUGCUUUGUCAGCAUUUCAUAUAAUCUUUUUAAAGUGUCAGCUGAGCCAGCAUCACUAAACUAGGGUGCAGUGUUAACUUGAUGAUAGUCCUCAAUUAAAAUUUCAUCUUUUUAAUUUUUUUGUGUCUUUUCUUGGCUUAGUAUGCAACACCUCUCAAUAGCUGCAUUAAUUCAGUUAGUUAUGUAAAAACAUGGCUCAUUUUACCAUAUUUCUUUUGUUGAAUCGCUUUAUGUUGGAGGACACCUGAGAUGAGCAUAUUAGUUUAUUGCGGAUAAUUUUUCUGGUACAGGAUAGCUUCUGCCACCUGUUCACAUUUUGAAGGUGUUAAAUGAGUAGCUGUCUCUGCCCAACGUCAGUUCAAAUAGAACCUUAUGAAAAAAUGCAUUUUUAGCAAUUUAAAAGCACAGCAGCUAUGUGCUAUUAUAAUAAAUAUAAUAAACUGUGACCAAAAAGUGAUUUUUAUUUUGUUCUUUGUUUCUGCAAUAAUGUAAUGCUUUUUCUAAAAAAAAACUCAAGAGUCAGGCAUCUGUUUUGUGAUUUAUGGAUUGAUGUUAUUUUGGAGCUGGUGUCUGUAUUUUUCUUAGUGAAUUUAUUAAGUAUUAGUAAGAAAUUUCUUCUGUGACUUUAUGUUGUUAUAUGUUUUGUGUAGAGACAGAAAAACUGUGCAGAUCCUGGUGCAAUGGGUAUAACUGCAUGACUUGUCUCUGAGACCUUUAAUCACCAUAUUACAAUAUUUUGAAUGUAUCACUGUUUUAUAGGGCUUCUCUUAUGUCAUAUUGAAGUUUUAAUAGUAAUAGAAUCAAAACUUGUUUUCUUUGAAAACAGUGCUUCAUCCAUAGCACAUUCUUGCUAUGGAAAAUGUUAACUUUGAGGGUUUUAAUUUUUUUUACAUUUAAUAAAGAAUAACUGUAAAGAAAG